GACUGCAAAUUAUUUCAGCUUCUCUCUCAUUUUCAAUAAUUCAGGGCCUUCACUUUCUUGCUAACCAAACGCUCUCUAUUCCUUUCCAUUUCCGCCACUUUCCUCCUGCUUUCCUCUUGAUUCUCUCCACAAAAGGAAAAGAAAAGAAAAGAAAGGAAAGGAAAGGAAAGGGAAAGAAAAAAAACCAUAUUCUUUUAUUCCUCCUCUUUUAUUCCAUUAUUCCUUCCUGGAUAUCUAUAAUUGUAGCCGAAAAAAUCAAUCUUUGAUCCAAGGAAAUGGGGUUUUCAAGGAAGCCAAAGGUGGACGACGGCUUAGAAUCCGAAGGCCAAAAAUGGGUCUUAGCCAUGAUCUCCAUACGAGCUCCAUUGAAGCCUAUAUACACAAAAUCAAGUGACCCUCCGUUGAAGAAAGAUAACGAUGACGAUGAAGAAUCAUCGACUCCAACCGGAGAAGAAGCCAGGAUUCGGACUCUAUUCACGUGCCCACCGCCUGCUCCGAGGAAGCCAAAAGCUUCGUUCAAGUGUAAUAAUAGCUAUGGAAGAACAGGUGUUAGAGAGUUCUUCACUCCCCCAGAUUUGGAGACUGUGUUUAUAAGGGAAAGGGCUACUUAAUUUACUUAUCUCCUUCCUCCUUAAUUCAUCUGUUUUAGGGUACUUUGUAGUGAUGAUCAUUUGAAGUUCAUGUACAUAAAUAACAUGGAAAUCUUUAGCUUCUUUUA